UUGGCGGCCUUAGCCGGGCGGCGCCAUGAGCGAGCAGCCCCCGCCGCGGCCCCUCUUCUUCCCCCCCUUCCACGACCGCCCCGAAACCGGUGCUUCCCCGGCGGAAAGCGGCGACCCUCGGAAGCUGCUGGCGGCCGCCUGCGGGCCCUGGCAGCCCCCGGUGGCCGCCGCGGCUCCCCGCUGGCCCGCGGGGCUGGCGCCCAUCGCCUACGAGCCGCUGCGCUUCUUCUGCCCCGCGGCGGCGGCGGCGGCGGCGGCGGAGGAGCGGCGGCCCGGGGAGCAGCCGCAGCUGGAGGGCGAGAUCUGCGAGCUGGGCAUCCGCAUCAAGGAGCUGGAGCUGCUGGCGCUGCUCGGGGACGGCUUCGACCCGCAGCAGUAUAAACUUCUGAAGGCACUGAAAGAAGAAAAGAUACAAGGCAUGAAAGCAAGGCAGAAACUGAAGAAACAGCCACCAUGUUGAAGAUUAUUUGGGCUGGAUGUUCUGUCACUUUGGAGUAUUAUUUUAAUGGAUCUUCCCAAUAAUUUUUCUACUCAUUACAUGUUAUUCUCUUACUAAAUUAAAAAAAUACAGUAUAUUGUUGACUUUUUUUGUAUGUCAUAUCUCUGGUACUAAA